GAGGGCAGGCGUGGAGCGUGUUCGGAAGGCAGUGGUCCUUCCAGCUGAGCUGCUUUCUCUCUUGGAGCCUGGCCUUGGCACAGCAUCCAAUCCUCCUCUGGACCUGGGUUUAGCCAUUAUUAACCCUUUGUUUCUGUUGGCUGGAAAACUCAGAUUGCGCCCUGGGGGGAAAGCUGGCAUGUCGGUGGCAGGGCUCAAGAAGCAGUUCCAUAAGGCCAGCCAGCUAUUCAGUGAGAAGAUCAGUGGAGCCGAAGGAACCAAACUAGAUGAUGAUUUUCAAGAGAUGGAAAGGAAAAUCGAUGUCACAAGCAAAGCUGUGGCAGAGCUUCUCUCAAAGUCGACUGAAUACCUCCAACCCAAUCCAGCCUACAGAGCCAAACUGGGUAUGUUGAAUACAGUGUCCAAGAUUCGAGGACAAGUGAAAACCACUGGCUAUCCACAGACAGAAGGCCUCCUGGGAGACUCCAUGCUCAGAUAUGGGCGAGAACUUGGAGAUGAGUCUACUUUCGGCUCUGCACUUAUCGAUGUGGGGGAAAGCAUGAAGCAAAUGGCUGAAGUGAAAGACUCUUUGGACAUCAACGUCAAGCAGAACUUCAUUGAUCCUCUACAGCUGUUGCAAGACAAAGAUUUAAAGGAGAUUGGACACCAUCUGAAGAAGCUCGAAGGACGGCGCUUAGAUUACGAUUACAAAAAGAAACGUCUUGGGAAGAUACCAAACGAGGAGGUCAGGCAAGCUGUAGAAAAGUUUGAAGAGUCCAGAGAGUUGGCAGAACGGAGCAUGUUCAACUUUUUAGAAAACGACAUAGAGCAAGUGAGCCAAUUGCUCGUCUUCGUAGAAGCUGCACUCGACUAUCACAAGCAGUCCACGGAUAUUUUAGACUACUUGCAAAGCAAGCUACAAGACAGGAUAAAUGUAGCAUCGAGUCGCCCAAGACGGGAAUUCAAACCAAAGCCAAUAAGAAGAAGGCCACUGGAAGUACGCAGCAACCAGCAACACAAUGGGAUCUCAUUCAUCCCAUUCAUAAAGUCAUCAGGUUCUUCGUUGCACAUGGACCAGCCUUGCUGCCAAGCGUUGUAUGACUUUGAGGCGGAAAAUGAAGGGGAACUUGGCUUUAAAGAAGGGGACAUCAUCACAUUGACGAAUCAGAUUGAUGACAACUGGUACGAAGGAAUGUUACGCGGUGAAUCGGGCUUCUUCCCCAUCAGUUAUGUGGAAAUUGUGGUGCCCUUGCCGCAGUGAGUAUUUUCUGGCACGUUUUGUGACUCGGCCCUGUCUUCGCUUGGAGUGAUCUUUUACAACGUGUGGCAUUCUGUGAAAGCCUCGCUUCUUUCAAAUGACUUUUUUUUAUAAACGUGUAUUUAU